CCAACGAGGAGAGGCUUUAAAAUACAAAAUCAAAAAAAUUGAAGAAUUGAUUGACGCUUACCAGUCAACUCCCCCACCAAUUAAUUUUUCCGAAGCAGAGGAAAUACUUAAUCAGCAAGUAGGAUUUUCUGAAUUAAAAGAAAAAAUUUUAAACAGCUUGAAAAUUAGAGGCUACUGUGAACAGAGAAAUAUCAAAAAAGUUCCGCUAAUUUUGUUUCUAAUUGGACCUUCUGGAGCAGGAAAAACGACUUUGGCUGCCCUUUUAGCCCGAGUCUUAAAAAAAGAAUUUUUUGCCGUGGCACUGGGGGGAGCAACUAACAGUUCAUUGUUGCUUGAAGCCAACGAAAACUCGUCUGGAACCGAAAUAGGACAAUUAACUAAGGCUCUGGUUGAAACCAAAACUCACUAUCCAUUAAUUUUGUUGGAUGAAAUUGAUAAAGUUAACUCCUAUGGAGGUAAUUCGGCUAUUCAUAAUUGCCUAAACGCAAUUUUGGACCCAGAACAAAAUAAGGAAAUUCUGGACUAUUAUCUGGAUGUUAAAUUAGAUUUUUCCCAAGCAACUUUUGUAGUUACGGCUAAUGACCUGGAAAAAAUUCCUAAAUGUUUGCUUUCACGAACGCCAUUGAUUAUUGAAUUGCCUGGUUAUAACUUGGAGCAAAAGAGAGAAAUUGCUCGUCAAUUUAUCCAAAAGUGA